UUGUGCAUUGUGCAUAGAUAUUUUUGUCUAAAAGUUAGACAGGCUCUGUUGCAUAAUCUGCUGUCCUCUCCUCUAUGUUCUGUUGUCCUCUGUCCUGUUCUCUUCCACUCUGAUCCCCCUGGCUGGCACUCCUUUUAUUUUUUUCCAUCUCUCCAGCGGCUGAUUGACAAGACCAAGGUGACCUGCCUGAAGUGGUUACCCAAGUCAGAGAACCUCUUCCUGGCCUCUCACGCCAGUGGGCACCUGUAUCUGUACAACGUGGAGCAUCCGUGUGGUACCACAGCCCCCCAGUAUUCCCUGCUGCGCCAGGGUGAGGGUUUCGCUGUCUACGCCUGCAAGAGCAAGACGCCCCGCAACCCGCUGCUGCGCUGGGCAGUUGGGGAGGGGGGGCUCAACGAGUUUGCCUUUUCUCCAGACGGUGUGCAUGUUGCCUGCGUGGGACAGGACGGCUGCCUACGUGUCUUCCAUUUUGACUCCAUGGAGUUGCAGGGCGUGAUGAAGAGCUACUUUGGGGGGCUGCUGUGUGUCUCCUGGAGCCCAGAUGGUAAAUACCUGGCCACAGGCGGUGAGGACGACCUGGUCACCGUCUGGUCAUUCAGCGAAAGUCGCGUUGUGGCCCGUGGACAUGGACACAAGUCGUGGGUGAACGUGGUGGCCUUUGACCCCUUUACCACUAGCCUAGAAGAGGAGGAGCCAGGUGAGCAGAGUGGAAGCGAGGAGGACCUGCAUCAGCCAGGUGGAGUGGGAGGUGGAGUGGGAGGUGGAGUGGGAGUGGGAGGUGGAGUGGGAGCCCCAUCCGUGACGUACCGAUUUGGCUCGGUGGGGCAGGACACCCAGUUCUGUCUGUGGGACUUGACUGAUGAUGUGCUGUACCCUCGGCUGCCCCUCUCGCGUGCCAUCACCAACACAUUUGGGUCUGGGCUGCCCUCCUCCGGCAGCAGCAACAUCAACAACACAGGGGGAUCUCCCCCAACACUUCCUCUCCCGCGCUCACUGUCCCGCUCCAACUCCCUCCCCCACCCAGCCGUAGCUACUGCUUCCAAGGGCCAGAGUGGGGCAGAUGGCAGCAGUGGGGGAAGUGGAGGGGGCAGCGCUGGGGGAGUCGCUGGCUCGGCAUUCAGCAUCGGACGCUUCGCCACGCUCUCCUUGCAGGAACGCAAGUCAGACAAGUCAAGUGGUGGCGGGAGCGAGAAGGAGCACAAACGCUACCACAGCCUGGGCAACAUCAGCAAGAGCAACGACAAGCUCAACAUGGCCCCGCGCAGCAGCCGCCUGGACGCAGCCAAAGUGCUGGGCACCACCCUGUGCCCGCGCAUGAACGAGGUGCCCCUGCUGGAGCCUCUGGUCUGCAAGAAGAUCGCCCAUGAGAGGCUCACGGUGCUGGUCUUCAUGGACGACUGCAUCAUCACUGCCUGUCAAGAGGGGCUCAUCUGCACCUGGGCUCGGCCUGGUAAAGCGCACCCGACCCAGUCCUUGGGAGCACAGAACGGGAACUCACCCAGUGGCACAGUGGUAUAGCUGGGAGAGGAUUAUUGCACUGCUUCAAUUCAACUCAACCCAGCCCCCCUUGGCCAUCUCUCUCCUGGGCUCAAUACACAGCAAUGCACCCAUAUCUGGCCCCGCAUCCAUCAAAUAGACUCAGAUAUAAAAUCCACAAGUACAGUGGACCAUCAUUUGAUUUUCUAUUUUCCUUCUGGUUUUUGUGUGGAUUGUAAGACCUGUUCAUUCACCUCAACUGUCCGGUCACCUAUGCUAUUGUCCUUAAGAUCCUUAACCUAUCAGAAAGGCUUCUGAAGCUAAAUUGGGGGGACAGGAUCCUUUUCAGUCAGCCACAAGAAACUCUGUUUGCAAAACAGUGUGUAAUGCCACGGCCAUUGUAUUUUAUUUAUUUAUUUUACCAUAAGACUGUUCUAAUUUAUAUUGUACAUAUUGAGAAUAUUAAGAGGACUAUGUGUAAUGACAUGACUCAUAAAAUAAUAAAGCAGAUCAAAUUAAUAUAUGAAGAUCCUAUAUUGUAUAUAAUGACACAUUUAAAGUGAAUGUUUGAAACAUAGGGGAUGUUGUCGUGUUCUUGUGUGCUAGAGUUCUUGGAAAAGGUGUUUUAAAAAAAAAAAAAAAUGUGUAUGAAUUUUUCUCAUGAACAAAGGUGCAUUAUGGCUUCUCCAGCAUUAAACACUGACAGUCUUUGCAGUGGCUGCUAUGCUCCGAUAGUGAGUUGGUUUAUGCUCUAUAGCAAGUGUAGCCCCAGAACUAAACAGUACAAAGACAGACACUACACGCAGCUGUAGAGCAUGCAUUUAGGCGGAAUAGUGUAGCAUCCGGUAAGCUCCAUCUCUUUACACCUGCAAUGCCUCUUGCAAAAUUUUGCACAUUUUACAGUUGAAAUGGAAACCUACUACCGGGUCAGUGGAGGCAGAGGUUUCAAUGUUACUAGUUUUUCUUUAUCUGUAUUCUAAUUUUCUAUGUUUGUUUUUCUUUUUCUGUUUCAUUUUGUUGUUUAUUUGCUGAAGCGGUAUUGUCAGGAUAAACCAAGCUACUGAACAGAAGUAUGCUAACUUCCAUGUGGUCUACCUUUGUCUGGAAACGAGUCAUGCUGUCUUGUGACCAGAUGUUUUUUAUGGUUUAGUGUUGAUUUGCCAAUGCUGUCUGCUCACCAUAUGUUAAUGCUACCUGUCACGUAAGCAUUAUGGAAUUUUAUAUUUGAAUCAUCUUUGUUGUAGCCUUUUUGUUUUCACAAGUUGAGCAGACCAUGUGUCUUAUUGGAUAGCACUGCAGCUUUUUUUUCUUCUGAUCACCACAAGGCAAUUGAACCACUGAGAACGUCAUGCCUACGUGGUAAAGCAAGGAACCUUAACAUUACCAUCAGUCAGUAGUAGUGAAUUAAAGACAGACCUAGGUCCAGUUAUUUACACUGGACACCAAGUUACAGCCCUGGGGACAAAAUGCUUAGUGAGACUUUAUUCCACACUGCAGGAAUGUACCAUUCCAUCUCACGGGGGCCAUGAUAUGGGCCAUUCUAUUAAGAAGGGGAGAGGCAAUCAUUCCAUGUGUCAGUUUUUAUUUUUAUGUUGAGCAGUUUACAGUUUCUGUAGCAUGAUGGGAUGUUUUAUUUAUUUGUAUUAUGUAUGCAUUAAACAUGCACAUACAUGUAUGCCUGAGGUGGUGCAGUGAUGAGAGUUAUCAAAAUAUGAAAUUGAAAAGUUAUUAAAAGUUUCCUGCAAACA